GGAUAGACCGGACCAUCGUUUUGCAGCCCGGUCCUGAUAACGACUCUAUUUCAGGACUGGACCGUCCACACGCGUGGCAUCACCUCCCCCGAUGCCAAUGUCAGCACCAUCUGCGCCGGGUCCAAGGGGACCUCCAGGCAAACAGCCAAUCUAUGCCGUGGUCAUAUACGAUUUCCAAGCGGAGAGACCGGACGAGCUGGAUGCGAAAAAGGGAGAACCCAUCAUGGUCAUAGCGCAGUCUAAUCAUGAGUGGUUCGUCGCCAAGCCUAUCGGCCGAUUAGGAGGACCGGGACUGAUUCCCGUUGCAUUUGUGGAGAUUCGCGAUCCUGCUACUGGGAAACCGGUCCACGUUGAACCAGAUGCUAUACCUAUGGUGGAGGAAUGGAAAAAGGCGACAGCCGAGUAUAAAGCAGCUGCGAUCCCGUUAGGUCGAUUUGAUCUCGAACAACAGCAACCUGUUCAGCAGCAGCCGUCGCAACAACAAGCCUCAACCGCUCUGCCGCCUCGAUCCUCAUCUACGAUCCCUCCAUCUCGAUCUCAGUCAAAUCUCGGUCAUUCAGGGAGUGGAUCUGGUGGAUCGGGUGGGACAGGACGCCCGAGACCGCAUUAUCGACCCGAGCAAGAUCUCAUGUUUCCACCCGGCGACCUCACAGCAUUAUCCGUCCCUUCAUUCCACAAUGAGUCGGGAAACUACUGGUUUCGACUUCACGUGACUUUCCUCCCCGAUGAGACCUCUGCACCGGCGUACACUCUGUCUCUCUAUCGGACCUACGAAGACUUUUACGACUUUCAGAUAUCUCUCCUGGAUACAUUCCCCUUCGAAGCCGGUCGACCGAGGAACUCUGGUGAAGUGCCACCGGAGCGCAUAUUGCCUUACAUGCCUGGACCAGUGGAUGACGAAGUAGACGACGAAUUGACAGAGUACCGACGAGAAGAGCUCGACAUGUAUGUCAAGGCGUUACUGGAUUUGAAGUCACGAGGAGGAUCCUAUAUCAUCCGAAACGAGCUUUUAAGGACAUUCUUCGCGGCAAAAUCCGGAGAUUACUGCGAAGAAAUCUCGAGGUCAGAUGUCAUGGGCGAUCUCGAAGAGAGAUUAGCAGAGACGCGUAUAGACGAUAAGAGACCGUCGAAUGGUCAGGCAGCUUCAUCUCAAGGUCAUGGCAGACAACCCUCAUACGAUCGUUAUGCCUCCUCGUCAUCGAACGAUCAUCGUGCGCCAUCAGCAGCAUCACUCCGCUCAGCUAGUGGAGGUGGCGGGGGUGGUGGAGGUGGAGUUGGAGGUCCAGCGGGUGGUAUCUCGCCCAUGACUUCUUCUUCUAGACCCGCUUCGGGUGAUCCUGGUCCCUCGACAGGCACAACAUCCUCGUCGUUCGGCAACAAUUCUCAACCGGCCUAUGUCAAGAUCAAGAUCUAUGAUCGAUCGACCGAUGAUCUGAUCGCGCUGCGUGUGCAUCCACAUGUGACGCAUGCGGAACUGUUCGAGAAAGUCAGAGCGAGAUUAGGACCGGAUAUAAAGGUACUCAAGUGUCGUACGACCAUGGCCAUGCCGGAUGGAGGGCAAUACAGGGAGAUUGGGAAUGAUCGUGAAUUAAGAGAAUGGAUGAGGACAGAGGAUCAAAAGAUGGUUUUGUAUGCUGAAUGAGGCGGGGAGAUGCGUAGCCAGACAAUACAGCGCGGGAAGUAUAGGCCGACAUGCUUAAUCUCGAAAUCAUAUAUACACACAUCUUGAUAUAGUCGGUCGGUCAAUGGUGCGAGGUUGGUGGCGACUGAAAGUCAAUUCGCCACAGGCUGAGAAUCGCCGAAAAUAUUUGAUUCCGUCUUCAGUCCUAUGCGCUUUGCUCGUCUUGAACGAACCAUAAUAGUCAUUGUGCAGUGAGCAAGCAGCUUGGGGGCUACUGGACAGUAUGGUAAGGCU